CCUAAAAUUAGACCCUGCUCCCCAUUUUUAAAAAAAGUUCAAUCCUAUAUUAACAGGGGUGGUUAUCUUUGUCCUUUAUUCCCUUCUCUCUCUCUCUCUCUCUCUCUCUACACUCCAGAACCUCAAAGAGGUGGCUAUUGUAGAUCAGAAGUGAGGGGAAAGUUGGGUUUUCUUGUUGGUGAAAGGAAAGGGCAAUGGCUUCUUCAUCUUUUGGUCCCAUAUGCCUGCUGGUUUUAGGCCUUGUUCUAAAUCUUGCAGUCCCUUCCUCUUCACAAACUUGCAUUUCUCAGACCUUCUCCAAAAACAGGCUCUUCCAUCGCUGUAACGAUCUCCCUGCUCUUGGGGCCUACCUUCAUUGGACCUACGACCCGGCUAAAGCCUCCCUAAAUCUGGCGUUCAUGGCGCCCCCUGCUAAAUCUGGCGGAUGGGUGGCCUGGGCCAUUAACCCCACCACAUCUGGAAUGAUUGGAGCUCAGUCCCUCAUCGCAUUCCGGCAGUCGAACGGUUCUAUGACAGUGAAGACCUACAAUAUCAGCUCCUAUGGCUCUGGGAUCGAGCCGUCCGAUAUCGGGAUCAAGAUGUCGGAUCCUGAGGCGGAGUAUUCUGGUGGGGUGAUGACCAUUUUUGCGACCGUGGUUUUGCCCGGAAACAAGACGACCAUUAACCAGGUUUGGCAGGUGGGGAGCUCGGUCACUGGUUUGAGCCCUGAAAAACAUGCCUUUGGACAAGCCAAUCUCAACUCCAAGGGGGCCAUUGAUCUCCUUAAGGGCCAGACCCAAGUUGUUUCUUCUGGGAAUUCCAGGUUAAGGCGUGCAAACACUCAUGGGAUAUUGAAUGCUGUGAGUUGGGGAAUUAUGAUGCCUGUUGGAGUGAUUAUAGCGAGGUACCUGAGGACCUUCAAGUCUGCAGACCCUGCUUGGUUUUACCUCCAUGCCUCCUGCCAAUUCUCAGCUUAUGUAAUCGGUGUCGCUGGUUGGGCCACUGGCCUUCAACUCGGCAAAGAAUCUAAGGGAGUCGAGCAGACCACUCAUCGCAACAUUGGGAUUGCUCUCUUCGCCCUUGGAACCCUCCAGGUGUUCGCGCUUCUCUUAAGGCCGGCGAAAGAACACAAGUACCGCUUCUAUUGGAACAUCUACCACCACUCAAUGGGAUACACAGUGAUCAUAUUGGGCAUCAUAAACAUAUUCAAGGGUUUGGAUAUUUUGCUGCCCGACAAGAAGUGGAGGCAUGCUUACAUUGGGUUUAUUGCUUCAUUGGGUGUGAUUGCAGUGAUUUUGGAAGCAAUAACUUGGGUGGUGGUCGUGAAAAGGAAGUCUGGGAGCUCAACCAAACUUCACGACGCUGCAAACGGGAACCGAGGGCGCCAGCCAUGAGCAGCAUAAGGUUUUCAUGAUGCUUUAUGUCUCUCUGCCAUCUGUAAUUUUAUUUUAUGAUUUCGGUUUCUCCUCUUUCUUCUCUUUUACUAUCUUUUGGGGGUGGAAUUGGAGGAGCACUUCUUAGAGGAGGUUUUUCGGGAUGGCUGUGUUCAUCUUUCCAUGUAAAUUGGGUACCUAUGUUCUAGACUCUCUUGAUACAUACGUUGCAUGUAGAGGAGUGGUUAUUUGGAUACUCAUAAAUUUGUGUUUCAGAUCACGAGUGCUCAGUCUUUUUCAA